GGGCCGCCAUGGGCUCCCAGGUGCUGCAGAUCCUGCGCCAGGGCGUGUGGGCGGCUCUGAGCGGCGGCUGGUACCAGGACCCUCACCAGGGCGCCGGGGUCAACGCGCUGCACCUCUACCUGUGGCUCUUCCUGCUCGGCUUCCCCUUCACCCUCUACAUGGCUCUUCCCUCUUCUAUGGUGAUAGUUGCAAUCUACUGCCCAGUGAUAGCUGCUCUCUUCAUAGUUCUGAAGAUGGUAAACUACCGUUUGCAUAGAGCGCUUGAUGAAGGUGAGAUUGUGGAGAGGAAUGCAAGUGAGCAUAUAGAUAGGGGUGCAAAAAUGGAACAAGAUGACUCUUCUGCAAGGAGAAAGGACAGUAACGGGCCUAGUGACCCUGGUGGAGGGAUUGAGAUGUCCGAAUUUGUUCGAGAAGCCACCCCUCCAGUUGGCUGCAGUUCACGAAAUUCCUUUGCUGGCUUAGAUCUAAAUAGCCAGCUCGGAUCUGGUUUAUCUCAUCAUGGAACUGCAGCUACUAUUAAAGGUGAUACUGACACUGCAAAGACUUCUGAUGACAUCAGUCUGAGUCUUGGACAGAGUUCUAGCCUUUGUAAAGAAGGGAGUGAAGAGCAAGAUUUGGCAGCUGAUCAAAAGACUUUCCAUUUGGUCUCCAUCGAUUCCUUUGUGUCCAUCCAGCCAUCGUUGUCAUCUGGACAGGAGAUGCCAAGGGACAGCAGUGACAAAGUGUGCCUCCCUAAUAACCAGCUUGCAGAUCAGUCACUGUCUAACGCAUGUGACACGGAAAUGGCUUCUCUUGUUCCAUUGCAUUCACACUCCUAUAGGAAAGACCACAGACCGCGAGGGGUGCCAAGGACUUCUAGCUCCGCUGUUGCUUUUCCAGAUGUGUCACUAAGUGACUUUCCCCUUUAUCAGCAGAGGAGAGGACUUGACCCUGUCAGUGAGCUAGAAGCGUCCAAGCCUCGAUCUGGAUCCAAAGAAUCUUUAGCUGAGAACUCCUGCAUUUCUGGUGUCUUUCAACUGGAUGAUAUUCUGAAAUGCAGCAGCCCACAGCUGCUAUCCAAAAGCAGCAAGAGCAAAUCCUUAAAAGCAGACAAAAGUGCAGACAGUCUCAGAAGUCUUAGUACUCGGAGCAGUGGCUCAACGGAGAGCUAUUGCAGUGGGACUGAUCGUGACACAAUCAGUACUGUUAGCAGCUACAAAAGUGAGCAGACUAGCUCAACUCACAUAGAAAGUGUGUUGUCAGACCACGAGCAGUCGCCUAAAGAGGAGAAGAAAAGCAGCCAGAAAAAGGACUGCUCCGUUGAGUCUGACGACUGCAGUUUUGCUACUGACAAAAGGACUAGUAGUGAAGGAACUGCUAUAGAAGUGAGCAUCGGCAGUGGUGUGCGAGAGAAAAGGGGUUCAAAUGCAUCAGAGGAGAUACACAAUCAGAGGUCUCUUAGCAGUUCUGCUUCAGAAGAAGCAAAUAAGAACCCUCAUGCCAACGAACUGCUUACGCAAGCCGACCAACCUCCUGGGAAGCCAGCUGAAAAGAGAGAUGAGCAGAAAGAGAAAUCGUCCUUGGUUGAGUCAAGAACUUGUAAGGAGAUGGUUAGCAAGCAAAAGGAGGGGGAUGUAAGGCCUAAAUCAUGUAGCUUGAUUCAUCGGACAGCUUCAGCUCACAAGUCCAGCAGGAGGAGGACGGGGAAAAAACGGGCUAGUAGUUUUGACACGAGUCGGCACAAAGAAUAUAUAUCUUUCCGAGGCGUACCUGCCACCAAACCCCACAGUGCGGUUUUUUGUCAUGAUGAGGACUCAAGCGAUCAAAGUGACUUGAGCAGGACCUCAAGCAUGCAGUCAGCCCAUCAGUUCAGCAGCGAUAGCUCUUCCAGCACCACCUCCCAUUCAUGCCAGUCUCCCGAGGGGAAGCACAAUGCCCUUAAGACCAAAUAUACUGCAAAAGAAAGGGGCACAGACUUGGAAAGCUCUUACAGAAUCCACUUGGGCUCUGAGGUAAAUGGCAAAAAGCAUUCAGCGCGACGGACUUCCAGCGCAAACAGUGCCAAGAGUCGUACCAGGGUUUUAAGCUUGGACAGUGGCACUGUCGCCUGCCUGAACGAUCCAAAUCUAAUGAUGCCAGAUACCAUAAAACAGCUAACAACUUCUAAGUCUGAUCUAGAAGCCAAAGAGGGAGAGGUGCUUGAUGAGCUAUCUCUGUUAGGACGGGCUUCACAGCUAGAAUCAGUCACUCGCUCUCGGAAUAGCUUACCGAGCCAGGCUAUGUUUGCUGAAGGGGAUGAGCAGGAACAGGGAAUUGUUGCAGCACAAGCCAGUGAGGAGGUGGUCACAGUCCGUCGUGAACGCAGCACAUUUAGGCGUCAGGCAGUACGGCGCCGUCACAAUGCAGGGAGUAACCCUACCCCUCCUACAUUGCUCAUCGGCUCACCCCUCAGCCUUCAAGACGUUCAGCAAGGUCAGCAGUCCACAGCCCAAGUCAGAGUCCAGUCCUGCCCCCAUUCCCAGGCAGCAGUGCUCAGUGCUAGCGCCUCCUUGUUGGUGAGAAAUGGGAGUGUCCACUUAGAAGCAUCUGCUGUAGACGGUAGCAGUUUGCACGAUGAACUUGGUAAGUUCAGUUCUACACUCUACGAGACAGGGGGCUGCGAUAUGUCGUUUGUGAAUUUUGAGCCAGCUGCAAGACGAACAUCUAAUAUCUGUGACACGGACUCUCAUGUAUCAAGUUCUACCUCAGUUCGUUUUUAUCCACAUGACUUACUUUCCCUUCCCCAGAUCAGGCUGAACAGGUUGCUGACCAUAGAUACAGAUCUCUUGGAACAUCAAGACAUUGAUCUAAGCCCUGAUCUGCAUGACCAUCUGCAACCUCCAGAGGAAGCGGCCCAAAAAGUCAAACACUAUUACCGCUUUUGGAUCCUACCGAAGAUCUGGAUUGGUAUCAAUUUUGAUAGGCUAACUCUCUUGGCUUUGUUUGAUAGGAAUCGGGAGAUAUUGGAAAAUGUACUGGCAGUCAUUCUAGCUAUCCAAGUAGCUUUCUUGGGUUCUCUGCUCCUCAUAGAAGGAUUUUUCAAGGAUAUCUGGGUGUUCCAAUUUUGCCUGGUAAUUGCUAGCUGCCAGUAUUCCUUGCUCAAGAGUGUCCAACCAGAUUCUUCUUCUCCUCGGCAUGGUCAUAACCGAAUCAUAGCCUAUAGCAGGCCUGUUUAUUUUUGUAUAUGCUGUGGUCUCAUUUGGUUGCUGGACUAUGGCAGCAGGAUCACAUUUAUGGCAAGGUUCCGGUUGUAUGGAAUGGCUUUCACUAAUCCAGUUUUGCUGGUUUCAGCAAGGGAUUUGAUUAUAGUGUUUACACUAUGCUUCCCUAUAGUGUUCUUCAUUGGUCUUCUGCCUCAGGUGAACACGUUUGUGAUGUACCUCUGUGAACAGUUAGAUAUUCAUGUCUUUGGUGGUAAUGCCACCACAAGCCUGCUUGCAGCACUUUACAGUUUUAUCUGUAGUAUUGUGGCGGUAGCAUUGUUGUAUGGAUUGUGUUACGGUGCCCUAAAGGAUUCCUGGGAUGGUCAACAUAUUCCUGUACUCUUUUCAGUAUUCUGUGGUUUAUUAGUGGCAAUAUCCUAUCAUCUCAGCAGACAAAGCAGUGAUCCUUCUGUGCUUUUCUCUUUAGUGCAAUCAAAACUUUUUCCUACUUCAGAAGAUAAAAACCCAGAAGAUCCAUUGUCUGAAGUUAAAGACCCAUUACCUGAAAAACUUAGAAAUUCAGUGAGUGAGCGUUUGCAGUCUGAUCUUGUUGUGUGCGUAGUUAUUGGUGUACUUUAUUUUGCAAUCCAUGUCAGCACAGUAUUCACAGUUCUGCAGCCCGUCUUGAGAUAUGUUUUGUAUGUAUUAGUGGGCUCAGUAGGCUUUAUAACCCAUUAUGUGCUGCCUCAACUCCGGAAACAGCUCCCUUGGCACUGUUUCUCUCACCCAUUGCUGAAAACCAAGGAAUACUAUCAAUUUGAAGUCCGCAAUGCUGCACAUGUGAUGUGGUUUGAGAAACUUCAUAUAUGGCUUCUUUUUGUGGAGAAAAAUAUUAUUUACCCUUUAAUAGUCCUCAAUGAACUGAGCAGCAGUGCAAAGGCUAUUGCUAGUCCAAAAAGACUGGAUGCAGAGCUUGGUGCGUUAAUGAUUACCAUAGCUGGUAUGAAACUGUUGCGCUCUUCUUUCAGCAACCCAACCUACCAGUAUGUGACUGUCCUUUUCACAGUGCUUUUCUUCACAUUUGACUACAAGCAUUUCUCGGAGACUAUGCUGCUAGAUUUGUUCUUCAUGUCCAUACUGUUCAGUAAGCUUUGGGAGCUUUUUUACAAGUUGAGAUUUGUGUACACUUAUAUUGCUCCUUGGCAAAUCACAUGGGGGUCUGCUUUUCAUGCUUUCGCCCAGCCCUUUGCUGUGCCACAUUCCGCAAUGCUGUUUGUCCAAGCAGUUGUGUCUGCUUUUUUCUCUACUCCUCUAAACCCUUUUUUGGGAAGUGCAAUAUUCAUCACUUCUUAUGUCAGACCUGUUAAAUUCUGGGAGCGAGACUACAAUACAAAAAGAGUGGACCACUCAAACACAAGACUGGCUUCUCAACUUGAUAGAAAUCCAGGUUCAGAUGACAAUAACUUGAACUCAAUCUUCUAUGAACACUUAACUCGCUCUCUGCAGCAUAGCUUGUGUGGAGACUUGCUGUUAGGGCGAUGGGGGAACUACAGUACUGGAGAUUGUUUUAUUCUUGCAUCUGACUACCUCAAUGCACUAGUACACCUUAUAGAGAUAGGCAACGGCCUGGUCACCUUUCAGCUGAGGGGGCUUGAAUUUAGAGGAACUUACUGUCAGCAACGAGAAGUAGAAGCCAUCACUGAGGGAGUAGAGGAAGACGAAGGGUUUUGUUGCUGUGAACCUGGUCAUGUACCUCACAUAUUAUCUUUCAAUGCUGGCUUUGGCCAGCGCUGGCUAGCCUGGGAGGUUCUGGUCACAAAGUAUGUCUUAGAGGGCUACAGCAUCACAGACAACAGUGCCGCAUCCAUGCUUCAGGUCUUUGAUCUUAGGAAGAUUCUCACCACUUACUAUGUCAAGGGCAUCAUCUACUAUGUCACAUCUUCUCCCAAGCUGGAGGAAUGGUUAUCAAAUGAAACAAUGCAGGAAGGACUGCAACAGUGUGCUGACCCAACCUAUGUUGAUGUGGAUCCUACAUUUAAUCCUAAUAUUGAUGAGGAUUAUGACCAUCGCCUAGCAGGGAUCUCCAGAGAAAGUUUUUGUGUCAUUUAUCUCAAUUGGAUAGAAUACUGCUGUUCUCAAAGAGAAAAGCCAUUGAAUGCAGAUAAAGAUUCUUCGUUAGUGACCCUUUGCUAUGGACUGUGUGUUCUUGGUCGGAGAGCCUUGGGGACCGCGUCACAUCAUAUGUCUAGUAAUCUGGAAUCUUUCCUGUAUGGGCUCCAUGCCUUGUUUAAAGGAGACUUUCGUAUCUCAUCAAUAAGAGAUGAAUGGAUUUUUGCAGAUAUGGAAUUGCUCAGGAAAGUGGUGGUCCCUGGAAUACGCAUGUCAUUAAAACUACAUCAGGACCAUUUCACUUCUCCAGAUGAAUACGAUGACCCUGCUGUUCUGUAUGAAGCUAUCACAUCCCAUGAACAAAAUCUGGUCAUUGCUCAUGAGGGGGAUCCUGCUUGGCGGAGUGCUGUCCUUUCCAAUUCUCCCUCCUUGCUUGCCCUUCGCCAUGUGAUGGAUGAUGGUACCAAUGAAUACAAAAUUAUCAUGCUGAACAAGCGCUAUCUCAUCUUCAGAGUUAUUAAAGUAAACAAGGAGUGUGUACGUGGUCUUUGGGCUGGGCAGCAACAGGAGCUGGUCUUCUUGCGUAAUCGGAACCCAGAAAGAGGGAGCAUCCAAAAUGCAAAGCAAGCUUUGAGGAACAUGAUAAACUCGUCUUGUGAUCAGCCUAUUGGCUACCCAAUUUAUGUCUCUCCUCUAACUACAACUUACUCGGACAGCCAUGAGCAGCUCAAAGAGAUCCUUGGAGGUGCCAUCAGUUUGGGAAACAUCAAGAACUUCAUAGUAUCAACAUGGCACAGGUUAAGAAAAGGCUGUGGUGCUGGUUGCAACAGUGGGGGAAAUAUUGAAGAUUCAGAUGCUGGAGGUGGAGCUUCCUGCACAAGUAACAGCGCAGCUGCUAACGACUCUCAAAGCAGUGUUUCUCAAGGUGGGGGAGGAGGAGGAGGAAUCACUGUGACUACUUGGCAGGGGCCUGGAGCAGGACUGCACCCUCCUGUCACAUCUCACCCUGCAACUCUAGGCACCAGCCACAGUGCGCAUUCAGUGCAGUCCAGCCUCAUCAGACAUUCCCCUGCUCGUGCAUCAGUUGCCAGCCAGUCCUCUUACUGCUACAGCAGUCGUCAUUCAUCCCUCCGCACAUCUGCCACUGGCUUUGUGCCUUGUCGACGCUCUUCCACCAGCCAACUCUCCCUGCGUAACCUUCCGUCAUCCAUCCAGUCGCGUCUGUCCAUGGUGAACCAAAUGGAACCCCUUAGCCAGACGGGUGUUGUCAACUUACCGCACGGCCUGCCCUCUUCUAGCAGCUCCAGCCAAAGCAUCCCUGCCUGCAAACAGCAUGCCCUUGUUGGCUUUCUAGGGACAGACGGAGUGAAUAAUGUCCCCGAUGCACAGCCAGGCACUCACACAAGCUCUGUCAACCAGACGCAAACCAAAAGGGAUGAUGUUAUUUACAGAAUCCAGAUAAUGGAUCCCAGCCAGGUAUUGGAAGGAAUCAAUUUGUCCAAAAGAAAGGAACUGCUAUGGCCAGAUGAGACAAUUAGGCUAAAAGCUGGAAGAAACAGCUGGAAAGACUGGAGUCCUCAGGAAGGCAUGGAAGGCCAUGUGAUUCACCGCUGGGUGCCUUGCAGCAGAGAUCCAGGGAGUAGAUCCCACAUAGACAAAACAAUCCUGCUGGUCCAAAUUGAAGACAAAUAUGUUGCUGUGAUUGAAACUGGAGUCCUAGAACUUGGAGCUGAAGUAUGAACUGCUUUGACAGUUAACUUCUCAUCACCCCUUU